UCUGUGCGUACGCAAUAACAUAGAAUAUCAACAUCAAUGUACCAUACCCUCCAUUAACAUAGCCCUUUUUCUUGUCACGCAAAGAAUUCAUCACAUUCAUUCACUCAUUCAUCUUCCAUCUCCAUCACACACACACACACACAUCAUUUUCCUUUUCCACCCAACCGUACUUCCCGCACUUUCCCAAUUUCACUCGAUCCAUCCACUCUUCAUAAUUAACCUCUUCAAUUCAAUUCAACUCAACUUCUUCUUCUUCUUCUUCAAUCUUUAACUGUAAUAAUCUUCAAUUCUGUAGUUAACUUAUGCUUAAUUAGCUCACUUGUUAAUUUUACUUAAUUUUAAUUAACUAUGGCUGUGUCGGUAUACUCUUACUUGAUCUAUAGGUAACAAGAACAGAGUAUGUGUAAUUAGUUGUACUUCUUUGUAAUUAAGUUUGCGAAUCGUGUGAUUAUGGAAGCUUUUCAAUUGUACGGUAAUGGUGGUGGUUCAUCUGAUUUAAGGGCUAUGGGGAAAAAUUCAAAAGAGUGGGAUUUGAAUAAUUGGAAAUGGGAUAGUCAUCUUUUCAUAGCUACUAGUAAGUUGACUCCGGUGCCGGAACACCGCCAAUUUUUGCCUAUUCCGGUUGGUGGUGGUGGUGGUGGUGGUGGUUCUAACUCAAAUAGUUCAUCAUCUUGUUCAGAACAGUUAGAUCUUGGGAUUUGUCAAGUGAAGGAAGGUGAGAGGAAAAGGAGGGUUAUUGUUGUCGAAGAUGAACUAGGUUUAGGUUUGAAUAAGGAAGGUGGUAAUCUUAGUUUAAACCUUGGUGGUGGUGUUGCUACAUGGGAAGGAAAUAAUGGGAAGAAAAGUAGAGUAGCUGGUGGAGGUAGUUCUAGUAGAGCAUUUUGUCAGGUGGAGGAUUGUCGCGCAGAUCUUAACAACGCGAAAGAUUAUCACCGACGUCAUAAAGUUUGUGAGAUACAUUCAAAGGCUAGUAAAGCCCUUGUCGGAAAUGCGAUGCAGCGGUUCUGCCAACAAUGUAGUAGGUUUCACUUGCUUCAAGAGUUUGAUGAAGGAAAGAGAAGCUGUCGAAGACGUUUGGCAGGCCAUAAUAAAAGGAGGAGAAAAACAAAUCAAGAUGCUGUUCCUAAUGGAAGUUCACCGAACGAUGAUCAGACUAGUAGUUAUCUGUUGAUAAGUUUAUUGAAGAUACUUUCAAAUAUGCAGCCUGACAGGUCAAAUCAGACUGCCGACCAGGAUCUGCUUACUCAUCUUUUAAGGAGUCUUGCUAAUCAGAAUGGCGAACAAGGGGGGAGGAACUUGUCUAACCUUUUACGGGAACCUGAGAAUCUGUUAAAAGAAGGGUCUUUAUCGGGGAAGUCUGAGAUGGUUUCUACUUUAGUUACCAAUGGUUCUCAAGGUUCUCCAACUGUUACAGUACAGAAUCAAACAGUUUCUAUUAGUGAAAUUCAGCAUCAAGUGAUGCAUUCACAUGAUGCUAGGGUUGCUGAUCAACAAACCACAUUUUCUGCAAAGCCCGGUGUUUCAAAUAGCCCUCCAGCUUACUCAGAAGCAAGAGAUAGUACUGCUGGACAGACCAAGAUGAAUGAUUUUGAUCUGAAUGACAUCUAUAUUGACUCAGACGAUGGCAUAGAGGACAUAGAAAGGUUGCCUGUCACUACAAAUCUUGGUGCUAGCUCUCUUGAUUACCCGUGGAUGCAACAGGAUUCACAUCAGUCGAGUCCACCUCAAACAAGUGGAAAUUCAGAUUCUGCAUCUGCCCAGUCCCCUUCUAGUUCCACUGGCGAAACUCAGAAUCGCACGGAUCGGAUUGUUUUUAAACUCUUCGGUAAAGGACCGGGCGAUUUUCCUCUUGUACUUAAAGCACAGAUUCUUGAUUGGUUAUCCCACAGUCCAACUGAUAUUGAAGGAUAUAUACGGCCUGGUUGUGUUGUUUUGACUAUUUAUCUGCGUCAGGCUGAGGUUGUGUGGGAGGAGCUUUGCUUUGAUCUGACUUCCAGUUUGAAUAGGCUCCUGGGUGUCUCAGAUGAUGAUUUUUGGAGAACUGGAUGGGUUCACAUCAGGGUGCAGCAUCAGAUGGCCUUCAUUUUCAAUGGCCAGAUUGUCAUCGAUACACCCCUUCCUUUCAGGAGUAAUAAUUAUGGUAAGAUUUUGAGUGUUAGUCCAAUUGCUAUACCAUCAUCAAAGACAGCUCAAUUUUCUGUGAAGGGUAUCAACCUGACUCGCCCUGCCACAAGGUUAUUGUGUGCUUUAGAAGGGAAUUAUUUGGACUGUGAAGAUACUGAUGAGCCUAUGGAUCAAUGCUCCAAGGAUCUUGAUGAGCUUCAGUGCAUCCAAUUUUCAUGUUCUGUCCCUGCGAUGAAUGGACGAGGGUUUAUUGAGAUUGAGGACCAGGGUUUGAGCAGCAGUUUUUUUCCUUUCAUAGUUGUGGAGGAGGAUGUUUGCUCUGAAAUCUGUGUGCUUGAGCCUUUACUGGAGUCAAGUGAUACUUAUCCAGAUAAUGAAGGGGCUGGAAAAAUUCAAGCAAAAAAUCAAGCCAUGGAUUUCAUUCAUGAAAUGGGUUGGCUUCUCCACAGAAGGCAGAUAAAAUCUAGCGUUCGUUUGAAUUCUAGUAUGGAUCUGUUUCCAUUAGAUCGAUUCAAGUGGCUCAUGGAGUUCUCUGUGGACCAUGAUUGGUGUGCAGUAGUUAAAAAGCUAUUGAACCUCAUGCUUGAUGGAACAGUGAGUACAGGAGACCACACAUCCCUGUAUCUUGCACUUUCAGAGUUGGGUCUCCUUCACAGAGCUGUGAGGAGAAAUAGCAGGCAGUUGGUGGAGCUUCUUUUGAGAUUUGUUCCUCAAAAUAUUUCAGAUAAACUAGGACCUGAAGACAAGGCGCUGGUUAAUGGAGAGAAUCAAAACUUCUUGUUUAGACCUGAUGCUGUGGGUCCUGCUGGUUUGACACCGCUUCAUAUAGCAGCCGGGAAAGAUGGUUCUGAGGAUGUACUAGAUGCUUUGACUAAUGAUCCUUGCAUGGUGGGAAUUGAAGCAUGGAAUAGUGCUCGCGACAGCACAGGGUCAACACCUGAGGAUUAUGCACGAUUACGUGGUCAUUAUACUUACAUUCAUUUGGUGCAAAAGAAAAUCAACAAGAGCCAAGGAGGGGCUCACGUGGUGGUUGAUAUUCCUAGCAUUCCGACAAAGUUCGACACAAGCCAGAAGAAAGAUGAAUCGUGCACUACCUUUCAGAUUGGAAAUGCUGAAGUUAAAAAGGUUCGAAAGGACUGCAAACUUUGUGAUCAUAAGCUGUCGUGUAGAACUGCUGUACGAAAGUCUUUCGUAUACAGACCUGCAAUGCUGUCAAUGGUGGCUAUAGCAGCGGUCUGUGUCUGUGUGGCUCUUCUAUUCAAAAGCUCGCCGGAAGUUCUGUAUAUAUUCCGACCUUUCAGGUGGGAAUCUUUGGAUUAUGGAACAAGCUGAUACUUGUCAACCUACAAGGCUACAACGUAAAUUUGACGGACAAUUUAAUAGUAUGCGUUCAUAUACUGGCUAAACUGGGUAUUUUUAUUUUUUUUACUAAAGCUAAAAACUAUAAUGGUUUUUACAUAUUUAUUGUUGAUAAGCUUCCUUGUGAGACUGCAUGUGUGGAUUUGCUUGUAUUGUAUUCUCAAACUACAUUUGUUUAAAUCCUUGUUGUUGUUGUACAAUAGCAUAAUACGUGUAUGCUGCAGUGCAGCCUUCUCUUUUAUAAUGAGUUUAUUCAUCAUGCGGCCUCUACUUUGGAUCA